CAAAACGGGCGAAUCGUCUCAUUUAGCUCCUCUUGUGCUCUUACUGUCACUUCAGAGGUUAUUGUUAUGGCGUGCGAGGAGAGCUGACGUCUUUCACUUCGCUUCUCAAUAUUAAUAAUAACAAUAACAGUAACAAAGAAAGCCUGCAGGUGAGAAUCCAGAAAAAAAAAAGGAAAAAAACCGAGCCGCGGACCUCAACGGAUCUGGGAAUGGACAAUGGAAUACUCUGCUUUGCUACAAUGAAAACCCCCUUGGCCUUCUUAGUUCUUGCCAGCAUAAUCUGCUGCCUUAGUGUAUCACAGAUGGCAGCGGGAACACUGAAGGAAGACUCCAAUAACAAUAUUACCAUAUUCACAAGGAUUUUAGAUGGAUUGCUGGAUGGGUAUGAUAACAGGCUGCGUCCUGGAUUGGGAGAAAGAAUAACAGAGGUAAAAACAAAUAUCUACGUCACAAGCUUUGGCCCAGUCUCAGAUACUGAAAUGGAAUAUACGAUUGAUGUGUUUUUCCGCCAAAGCUGGAAGGACGAACGACUUAAAUUUAAAGGACCGAUGCAAAGACUUCCCUUGAACAACCUUCUAGCCAGCAAAAUCUGGACACCAGACACCUUCUUUCUCAAUGGCAAGAAAUCCAUUGCUCACAACAUGACCACUCCCAACAAGCUGCUGCGCUUGGAGGAUGAUGGGACUCUGCUCUACACCAUGAGAUUGACCAUUUCUGCUGAAUGUCCUAUGCAACUGGAAGACUUUCCCAUGGAUGCUCAUGCAUGCCCUCUUAAAUUUGGAAGCUAUGCCUAUCCAGACUCUGAAGUUGUUUAUAUCUGGACCUCUGGUGCCGCCCGUUCUGUUGUUGUGGCUGAAGACGGUUCGAGGUUGAACCAGUAUCAUCUAAUAGGACAGACAGUGGGGAGGGAGGUCAUCAGAACAAGCACAGGACAAUAUACUGUAAUGACGGCACAUUUUCACCUGAAGAGAAAAAUCGGGUACUUUGUAAUCCAGACCUACCUCCCGUGCAUUAUGACGGUUAUCCUGUCUCAGGUGUCGUUCUGGUUAAACAGAGAGUCAGUGCCUGCAAGGACUGUGUUUGGUGUCACCACAGUGCUGACAAUGACAACGUUAAGCAUCAGUGCUCGCAACUCUUUGCCCAAAGUGGCGUAUGCUACAGCAAUGGACUGGUUUAUAGCAGUGUGCUAUGCAUUUGUCUUCUCCGCACUAAUAGAAUUUGCCACUGUAAAUUAUUUCACCAAACGAAGCUGGGCAUGGGACGGCAAAAAAGCGCUCGAAGCCCAUCAAACCAAGAAAAAGCCUCCCAUGGCACUAACAAAGAAAGCGAACAACGCCUGCAUGGCUGUGGGAGUGAACAACACAGCGAACAUCAUGAAGGAAUCGGUCCUUUCCACCAUUUCCAACAGCACCUCAGUGCAGAUGAAACCCACAGAAGCAAAGCCUCCGGAGGCUGAAAAGACUUACAACAGCAUCAGCAGGAUCGAUAACAUGUCCAGGAUCGUGUUCCCAGUGCUUUUUGGGACUUUCAACCUAGUCUACUGGGCCACGUAUCUGAACAGAGAGCCAGUAAUAAGGGGAGCCUUAACUCCCAAAUGAGCUGCUUCAACAGCACUGUACUCUUGUCUACACACUUGCCAUAUUGUAAGAAAUAGAAGGAUUGCCAUAGAGGAUGAUAUGAAGCACUGACUUGCAUAAGCAGUGCUAUUAGCUGAAGUUUUGAGAACCUUUUUCAUGUGUUGCAUGUUCAAUACUCUCUUGAGAUAAUAUUGCCAUCUUUGCCUUGACUAUUUCUAAUGAAGUCCACCAAGAUUUCAUAAAGAAUGUUGCAUUUAUUCCAAGCAGCAAGCAUUUCUAUCUUUGCAAACUAGAAACAAAUAGAUAGUACACAUGGUCCCAGUGUAAAUAACAUUAUAAAGCAUUUUGCAUUAAAAACAAGUUUGACAUGAGAUGAUCAAAUCAUAAAUACUGUCUGGCUACAUCGGAAUAAACAAAACAAAAUACACUGGAGCAUUGCUGAUUACAAUCCAUGCAUCUCAUCAUGAAGUGCUGGAAUAAAAACAUUUAUACUUUUAUGUAUCAAUGUAUAAUUUACAAAUAGAGUCAAUGGAUGUUCCAGAAAAGAUAUUCUAAUGCGAGCAAGGCAAUGUCUUGAAUAUUGAAUAUUGUUUUGCACAAUAAGAUCUAUGUAAACCAGUAUGCAAAGUCACCAGCAGCUGUUUAUUCUGUUUAUUUUAGUCACACCUUUAAAGGAGGAUUGUUGUUUAAAAAGUCAAACGUUUUUUCUGUUAGUUGAGAGACUGUCAGUUUUGUAGAUCUAGGCAUCGUAAGUCAGCAUUCGAAUGGAACUGUCUAAUAAGAAAGGAGCUGGUGGAAACAAAUCACGGGAAACAUGCAGCAGUAAAACAAAGCACCUGCACAGGAGUUUGAACCCUUUGUAGCUGGAUCUGACGCUUGUGAAAGCUGAUGCCCGAUCAUCCCUCUGCUUUGUGGGGUCUAGGUUUGAAUCGUUUGUAGCUAACACUGGAUCUGACGCUUGUGAAGGCUGAUGCCCGAUCAUCCCUCUGCUUUGUGGGGUCUAAGUUUGAAUCGUUUGUAGCUAACACUGGAUCUGACGCUUGUGAAGGCUGAUUCCCGAUCACCCCUCUGCUUUGUGGGGUCUAGGUUUGAAUCGUUUGUAGCUAACACUGGAUCUGACGCUUGUGAAGGCUGAUGCCCGAUCACCCCUCUGCUUUGUGGGGUCUAAGUUUGAAUCGUUUGUAGCUAACACUGGAUCUGACGCUUGUGAAGGCUGAUUCCCGAUCACCCCUCUGCUUUGUGGGGUCUAAGUUUGAAUCGUUUGUAGCUAACACUGGAUCUGACGCUUGUGAAGGCUGAUUCCCGAUCACCCCUCUGCUUUGUGGGGUCUAGGUUUGAAUCGUUUGUAGCUAACACUGGAUCUGACGCUUGUGAAGGCUGAUGCCCGAUCACCCCUCUGCUUUGUGGGGUCUAGGUUUGAAAUAGUUUUCUGUGUAAUCAUUAUUCAAACGGAGGUUCAGGGACACUGUGUUAAACACUCUUAAGUCACGUACUUGCUAACAAAUUCCCUUCCUUUUAAUAACCACUGGUAAGUUAUCACCGGCAUGUGUAUUUUCAUUUAGAAACUUGUGUUCGGGAGAAAGGAGAGACCCCACACAUCACAUCUCAUAUUGUAAUUCUCCCUCGUUUAUAGAACCGAUGGAACAGAAUGAGGCCCUUACAGUCAGGAGUUCUGAUUGAAGCCACUUUUCUAAAAACCUGAUGUAACCUUCCAUUCGUGUUGUGUAGCUUUUAUACAAUCAUGGCUGUUAUUUUCAGUAGUGAUCAGGAUCAUGUUUUUGUAAAAGUAUACAGAAAGAAUAUUCAGUGUUCAUGUCAGGGAAAAAGCUAAACCUGAAAAUGACAGCUUCUACUUCUAGGUCAUUCUCUGUUCCACAUUCUAACUGUACAGUGAUUAAGUAAGAGGAACAAACAAUGAUAAGCUUAAUAUUCUGAUUUGUGUUUAAUUAUUUAAACAUGGUGAAAAUCCAGUUCUGCAGUACACCUCUGCUACAAAACAUCUGCUGCAUCUGCUUAUAUUACCCAUAACGACACUCAUUAGCGCUGCCAAAUUAGGCUUGACUGCGGAGGUGGGUUUGUUUUUAAUGUAUUUAUUAUGAUCCUAUUUGAACAAGAAACACACCUUGCUCUCCUCUCGGUAAUGUUAAUCGAGCAGCUAGUUACCUUUGUGCAUCUGCUUCAGGUGUCUGCAUUGGGGGGAGGUUAUACUGUACCACCUAAUGGUGAUUAGAGUAGAAAACAUGAAACUAGAAAUGUAAAUGUACUGAUUUGGAGGGCACAUUAAGACCCUUUACUGCAUUGUUUAUGUUCAACACAUCAAUGUUCAGGUCCAGUUCUUAGCAUAAUGUUACUAAAGCAAUA